ACCAACGUUGCUCGCCCCAUGACCCUUUCUCCUCUUCACCCCCUCCCACCUUCCAAGAUGUUUCCUCUCCUUCAAUUCUCUACUUGUUUCCUAUUAAAACCAAUUAAACAAUUACCCCAAAGAAAUGCAUGUCUUUUUCGUGUCCUCCUUCCCCAUUUGACUUCUCCAAUCCCUCUUGGUCGAAACUUGAGAGCUUCUUGACCCACAUCCCACCUUCCUUGGCAGCCUCCUCCUUCCCACCCCCAAACCCACCUCAAAAACCUCUCCUUUCCACCGUUUAGCCCCACUUCUUCCUUCCAUCUCCAAUACCCAGUCCUCGAAUCCUCCUAAAAAAGGCCUUUCUUUCUUUCUUAUAUUUUGUUGGAUCAGGAAAUAGGUUCUUGAUGACUUGGUACCCAAACAACUUCACCCAAUAUUAAUCCCAUUUGCUUCUGAUCCAACCAACGUUUUUAACGCCCUGAAGAGUUUUUAAUACAAAGAACAACAAAAAUGAACGAUCUAUUUUCAGGCUCUUUCUCUCGCUUCCGAAGCGAAGAAGCUUCCCCUGAUCACCACGUCAUCCAGAUGACGCAAUCCUCCUCCACCUCCGGCGGUGUCAACCUCGACAAGUUCUUCGAGGAUGUCGAGUCAAUCAAAGACGAGCUCAAAGAACUGGAGAGGCUGAACGACAAUCUCUCGUCGUCUCACGAGCAGAGCAAGACGUUACACAACGCGAAAACCGUGAAAGAAUUAAGAGCAAAGAUGGAUGCUGAUGUAGCCAUGGCUUUGAAAAAGGCCAAGCUUAUUAAGGUUAGGCUGGAGGCGCUUGACCGGUCCAACGCGGCGAACAGGAGCUUGCCUGGGUGUGGACCGGGGUCUUCUUCGGACCGGACCAGGACGUCGGUUGUGAACGGGUUGAGAAAGAAGUUGAAGGAUUCCAUGGAGAGUUUUAAUGGGUUGAGAGAAAAGAUCUCGUCUGAGUAUAGAGAAACUGUUCAGAGAAGGUAUUUUACGGUUACUGGAGAGAACCCAGAUGAGAGGACUAUUGAUCUUUUGAUUUCAACAGGUGAGAGUGAGACUUUUUUGCAAAAGGCCAUUCAAGAACAAGGGAGGGGAAGAAUUUUGGACACCAUCAAUGAGAUUCAAGAAAGGCAUGAUGCUGUUAAGGACAUGGAGAAGAACCUCAAGGAGUUGCACCAAGUUUUCUUGGACAUGGCAGUCCUGGUUCAAGCUCAAGGUGAGCAAUUGGAUGAUAUUGAGAGCCAGGUGAACAGAGCGAAUUCAUUUGUGCGAGGUGGAACUGAGCGGUUGCAAACAGCAAGGAAUUACCAGAAGAAUACCCGGAAAUGGACUUGUUAUGCGAUCAUACUAUUGCUGGUGAUCAUCUUGUUUGUGGUGUUAUUCACUGUGAGACCAUGGGAAAACAGUGGUGGUGGUGGUGGCGGGAACAGCAGUCCAUCUCAAAGUCCAACAACAACAGCUCCACCCCCACCUACUGCUUAACCAUAGUCCAUAGGUUGCUGUGAUUAGGCGUUGAUCAGUGUUAGCUAUGCAGUAUUCUUGUUUGAGAUCUGAGUUUCUGCAUUUUCUUUUUCUUUCUUUCUUUUUUUUUCUGGAUUGGUUUAACGAAUCUAUCAGAGAGAUGGAAGUGACAUUUGGUUGGAUGGCUUGAAGCUUUCCGCUGCAUUGUUUGUUGUUUCACGGAAAGCAGGGGGUAGGGCUGGAGUGAAAAAUGAAUGCCAUGAUUGCUGUUGAGAAUUCAGAUAGACUUUCUGGGAGAGACACCAUAUUGCAUUUUUGAUUAUUGAUUGAUUCUUUCCUGUAUGUAACUAGUAAUUUUGGGUUAUUUAUUUCCUGGUUGCUAUAGAAACUGUAUUUGUGAGA